AUGGCUGUGAUGAAACACUUGCGUUCCCCGCGUUGGAACUUCGUCCAAACCGUGGUCUCCCUGCUCCUCUCUGCCCUGGCUCUGCUCUCGUCCUAUUGGUGCGAGGGGAAACAGAAGGUGCCCAAGCCCCUGUGUUCGCCCAUCCGAACGCAGAAGUGCACGCCUGUUCCCGGCAUGUCCAACUCGUCCGCCCAGUUUUCCUGGGAGACCGGAGACGAUCGUUUCAUUUUCCCGACGUUCCACGCCGGACUGUGGAUGAGCUGCCAGGAGAAUAUAUACACGGAUGCUUGGGAGGAAAAGUGUCGUAGCUUCAUGACUCUCACACCUGGAUCUGAAAAAGGAAUUCUCUGGUUGUCAGUGGUGAUGGAGCUCAUGUAUAUUGGGUUGUUGUGUAUUAGCAGUUUGCUGCUGUUUGUUCAGUUGAGUCUGGCUGCCUGGUGUCCUCUCACUCAACACUGGGGACAGCUGUUCAAUGCUUACUCUGCAGUCUUCACUGUGUUAGGAGGGCUGUUGGGAAUGGUGGGACACAUUAUGUUCAUGCAGGUUUUCCAAGUCACUGCCUCCAGUGGGCCUGAAGACUUCAAACCACACAGCUACGGCUACUCCUGGGCUUUUUAUGUGGCUUGGGUAGCGUUCACCUGCUGCAUGUCGUCAGGCGUGUCCGCCCUCAACAACUACACCAAAAAAGUUCUUAUGGUGGGGCCCAAGCACAGGACCGUGAUGUACCCCUGCCGAAAUUUCACUUUCCCCCCUCAGCCUCCGGAAGCCAGCUACUACCGCCCGCCCCCUCCUCCUCCGUCUGUGCCCGCCCCAUCCCCACCGCUCAUCUUAUCCACUCACAGUCUUACGCCCCAGUGCUCUGAGGACGAGUACAGCCCACUCUGA